AUGUGUUUCCUCGACAGUGGCGAGCCUGUUGGCGAGAUAAAUAAGGAUGCGGUUUCUCUUAUCCUGGAUGCCUUACUUCGACCACUUGAUGUCAAUCGUCCUUCCUCUGAGCUGCGUCCCUAUUUGGCUGAUGGUCCAGCCCCACGUGAUUUAUUUUAUCCUUUAGCCAGCACUACCUACACUACUACCACCAAAGAACGGCAAUCAUUGAUUCCAGAUUCAUCCAGUUUGGAUUCGUCGGUUGAACUGUCUAAGCAAGAGGAUGGUGAUUCCACUGUGUUUACACCAGCUGAGCUGGAUGCACUUAAAUCUUUUGGUCGUGAUAAAGUUAACCCGCUCCGAUUAUACACUCCAAAGAUGCCCCAUCCG